AUCUCUUACGUUUCAAUUGUCAACUUUAUCUUAUGAACCUAUCUAAAAAUACCAUCACUGACGGAAAUGGACAGUUCAUAUUAAAUGUAUGGAAAUAGAAGAAUAUAGCAGCUAUGAGAAGGUUACAUUGUCAACAGUUUGUUUUCAGGCUUUGACAAUCUUGUUAACUGAAUGUUUUAGUCAAUUUUCGCCUGGAUUGCCAGCCCAACUUACCAAUUGUUCUGGAAGCACACAAUAUUGUGUAACUUAUUUACAUAACUACGGUAAUGGCUACAGGGAAACAACUAAAGGAUGUGCCAGCGCUUAUGAGUGUCAGGCGUCUUUAAUAGACACAGCAAGUGGUCAGUGUAAUGUAUAUAGCGAAGAUCAACUUUACAAGUCUGAUUUUAAAUGUAAUUACUGUUGUACCAAAGACAAAUGUAAUGGAAGAAUUGUUCCUCCGCACGAGACGAUGUACACAGGACACGUGACCUUACCUACAACGAUAAAUACAACUACAACUAAAUGCUUAGUUAAGCCAUCACCGUCAUCACCAGAAGUAUCACAGGACUGUUCAGAUUCUACACCAUACUGUAUCACACAUUAUACUAACUACAAUAACGGAUACAGAGAGACCACUAAAGGGUGUGCAAGUAAAGCAACUUGUGAUGCAACAAAAUCCGGCAACACAAAGUAUAAUGACCAGUGUACUUACUUCGACGAGAACUUUUUAUACAAGUCUGAUUUUACAUGUUCAUACUGCUGUACGAAAGAUAUAUGUAAUACUGGAGUAUUGCCUCCUCAUGAAACAAUUUAUCAACCUUAAUGAAGUUAACGUUAGUACGGGAUUUCUUUGAAUACAAAAAUUUACACUUCAUAUAUUUUCGCUAAA